AUGGUAGACAACUCCAGAACCUCAACCCCAAAGCCGAACCCCAAAGGCAUCAAUGAAGGACAUCAAAACUUCGACCUUAGUGACGAGCAGUUCACCAGCGACGGCGACGAAACCACCUGGCCUACAACCAAGACCCGCGUUGCGGACAAGGAGUUCCUGAGACUGCUCACCACUGCCUACAACGGACGUCCAGAUUUCGUCAAAGAGUGGAGCGAGCCUCCUAAGGGCUAUGCUCUGUUCAGACUGUCUGAUUUGACCGUUCAUGGACAUCCAAGUGGUGUACAGUUCAGAUCGAUCAAGCUCUUCAUUGUUCAUCUGCACAGUAUCAUGACGGAGACUCUUGACAGCUGCCGUUGCAUCGUGUGCCGUCCUGAUCUGCAUCGAUAG